AAUAUUAUAAUAUUUCAGAUGAGAUGGCUGCGGCAAUCAAGCCAGGAUUGGGAUCUAUUCCCUCUUCAGAACAAAAAUGUCCUCCAAACUUCACUUGCUCAGCAACGCCCUCUCUCACCUGUACAGAGGAUAUGCACAUAUCCGCCAUAAUCCUUCUCAUUCUAGGAGGAUCAGGGGUUUUCAUGAACUUUCUCUUUGUUCUCAUAAUAACAAUCAAACGACCGCUAGAGAGGUGGAGCCAGGGUCUGAUUAUUCAUCAAGCGUUUAUUGACUGUGCUAGAGCAUCUAUUCUUCUACCCAUGGCGCGGAGUAUAUUUGAGUGUACACCCAUAACAAAAUGUUCUCUGGUAGAAACUACAUUUCUUCUUCUAGUAACAGUAUCUACGGUAAACUUGCUCACAGUUGUCCUUAAUGAUGCCCCUGUGGUUCCCGAGGAUGAAGAGCAGGAGGGGAUAGUGAAAAUCAGAGAAAACUCUCAAUGUGUGGCAUUUGGACUCUUCAUGAUUUGGUUCAGCAGUAUAACUGUUAAUCUUGGACCAACAUUCCUCUCAGGGGCUCUAGCUGCUAACUCGGAACAACAUCUACAUGAGCCUAGCUGCCCACUCGUACAGGGCCCCUACAGGCAUUAUAUUCUGAACCUUCUCUGGAUAUCGAUAAAUUUACUCUGUAUGGUUCUAACUAUGUAUCAUCUGCAUAAGCUCUACAGAGACUUUACUCGAUGCAAUGUUGAAACGGUUAAGAUAGCUAGCCUUUUAACUUCGAUGAUCAACAUACAAACGAAUUCAAAUUCUGAUCCUCCAAUUCGUCUGAAGGGUUAUCUAGAGAACAUAGAAAGAGAAGGAUUACACAGAGUUAAAAUCUUCUCAAUAAUAACUGGAGCAUAUCUAUUAUUCUGGGGACCCUUGUUUCUAGUUACUCUAUUACACCCUGGUUGGGAAUGGAAGGAUGCUAAAAAAUCUAUGCUUCAUGAGGUUUCAUUACACGUUUCAUUUGUUCAUUCAUUUGUGAAUCCUCUCCUGUUUCUGGUUCUCCAUAAAUCCGCCAGAAAUGCUGCUCUAGAUAUAUUCUGCUGUUUCUGCUCAAGAAGUACAGGGGGGAGUCGACGAGCGCAGCAGAAUCCGUUCUCCUCCUCGGAGGUAGAAACAGAACUAGGAGAUGAUGAUGUUCAGGGGCGGAGGAGUAAUGGUAAUUUCAUGUAGGAAGAGUUUGAGAUAUGGAGGCAGCAAACAAGAAACUGAAUUAUGAAUAAUUAUCUAGUUUAAUUAAUAUUGGUCCCUAAAAUGGGUCAUAUGGUCCUUAAAAAUGGUGUUUAUUUAAAAUUUUGAUACAAACAUGAUCCAUCAAUUUUAAAGAAUUUAGGCAUGCUUUGGUGUAAUUUUGUGCUUUUUCGUAUUGUUUUCAAUUGGUGUAAUUUUGUGUUUUUUUCGUAUUGUUUUCAAUUGAAAUAUCACAAAAUGCGUUGUCGAUAUUUACUAUUUUUAACUAAUUUAACUCUUGCUGAGGCAUGACUAUUUGCUCCUUUAGAUCUAUGAAACUUUUUUACUUUAUUCUAAAUAUUAUACUUCGAAAACGACGGACAAUAAAAUGAAUAACUAAAAUCAAAAGAACUGAUUUCGUGAAACAAGCUCAUAUUUUCUAAUCUUUGAAACAAAAUUUCGUAGAUCUUUGAUUUAUCUAGCUAUGUCUUCUGUUGUAUUAAAAAUGUAAGUUUGAAAUUUUAAAGUUUUUUUUACCAUCAGAUAUUUAAGGAUUAGAAAAACUAAGUUUAAGUGGCAAAAACUUUGGUUUCUGUUUUGACGAUAUGUAAAAUACUAUGUAUAUAUUUUUAUAUUUUUUGGAGCUUGGUAAAACACUGUUUAGAGAUAACACGCAUAUCUUUUAUAAUUUGUCGUUUAAAACUAUAAGUUCUAUACGUAUACUACAUUAAUCAAAUUUUCAUAAUUUUGGAAAUCAAUAAAAUGACAUAUUUUCCAUCAUGAAUAAAUUGAUAUAUCUUGAACGACAUAUAGUUCAAUCUUUAAAACAACUAAUUAAAUUUUAAGAUAAAGCAAGAAGUUUUCCCCUGCACUUGGUUAUGCUAAAACAUUUAAAAUCUACUUAUUUUUUUUUAUCCAGAAGAAUUUAAUUUCUCGAUGAUUAUACAUAAAAACCACAAAAAAAGGGUUCUGAAUACCAUCCAUCACUAAUGAACAAUAUAAUAUUUAUUACAUUAUUACAUUCUUUUUUGAAUAUCUUCUUUUUUUUACUUUCAAACGUUUUUUUAAAAUCCCAAUCCUCAUAUUUUUCAAAUUAGAAUCAAUUAUUUUAUGAUAUUUUUACAACAUUAUUUCAUUCCACAUUAGGUUAAAAAGCAUGCAAUAUAUUUAUUGUUUUUAAUAUUUUUGUAAAACUGAAGUUUGAAAUAGCUAAAGAAUACUUGUUUAAAUGUGUCUGUUUAAUGUUUUGUAAACCCAUGAACUUGUGUUAUAAUUAAGGCUCAAACUAAACAUAAAUGAUUAACGAAGUGUAAAAACUUUAAUCCCCUCAGAUGUACACAUUUAAAUAAUGAACCCAUCGUCAGUGAAAUUAAUUUCUCUAUGCUAAACAGAAUUAUAAACUGUUAGUCAGAAAAAUUAAAUAUUAAAAAUAUGUAGUUUUUACUUUAACACCCUUCACCCAAGCAGUAAUAAAGAAUACUAUUGUAAUGCAUGCAUGUUGUUAUGUAAUCACGUGUUUCUAAAAUUUGGCGUACCAUUGCUUCGGUAAUGGUUGUAUUUGUACAGGGAGCCACAUAAAAACAUGACAGUUAGGAGACCUAAUUAAACCAGUUCUAGUCUUAAAACAGACAUCAUGGAUUACCCUUUUUUAUAACAGUAUUUGGGCAUUUACAAAAUGGGGUCUUCGUUUAAUUAGAGGAUUUCAAAAUUAUUAGUGAUUUAAAUAAAUAUCUCUCUUUCAGAUUUUUAUUCAUGAAAUACAACAUGAAAUUUCGUUACAUAACUUCUAAAGAUACACAGGAGGUUCAACACACGUUGAAAAGCCCAAAAGUUGUCCCAUCUUAUUUAAAUUUACAAUAUGUCAAAUUCAAAGACGAUUUUAAAAUCGUCUCUAAGCUGCCAUGUUCAGUGGGACACCUUGUAUUUGAAUCAGGUGCUAAUGUGAAUAAUAUAUUAUGCGCUGUAAACCAAAUUAAAUUUGUAUCCUAAAUGUAAAAUUUAAGAUGUAUAAAGCUUAAAAUGUCUCAAAUAUAUGUUUCCUUUAUUAUAAUUUGGACAAAUAAAUCAUAUUUGUGUGA